AUUAAGUCUAGAAAACCCAAAAUAUAAAAAUAAUGACCACUUACCUAGACGUACAACUGGAGCGAAGUAAUCAUGAAAUUUUUUACUUCUAAUUACAAUGUGCGUAACGUAAUGGUCAUAAUUAUAUGCGCGCUACUUGAUUGGAAUAUUGAGACCACGAUCAUUAGUUCACGUUUAUUGCGUUAUAUUCACUUUAGAUGCGAAAAAGAAUUAGAAUGUGCCAUUAGUUCAUACGACGUCGACCGCGCCAUUCAACCGGCGCCUUACCUUCCAACAUUUUUUUUGCAUUUCGUUAGUGCAUAUUUCAAACUGAGCAAUUUGUUAAAUUAGACAUCAUCAUCUAAUAAUUCCAACGUAUACCUACACUUUCAAAAUGUUCACAUGAAAUGACCUUUUCCAAAAGUGAUAUAUGUACCCAUGACGAAUAACGGGUAUGGGCAUCAAGAAAUGUUACAUCGGGGAGUCUAGGGGGUAUGGAAUACCCCCCAGGAAAGGAGAGAUUUGGUUGAUCUGCGAAAUCUGUCAUGAUAGUUUUUUCAGAAAUAGGUAAUCGUUUCCUCCUGUGUUACAUUCUCCCCCGAAAAUUUCAACCCAGUAUGGAAAAUCUUUUGAAAAAGCAAACCGAUGUGUAUUUUUCUUAAAUUUAAAAAUGGCGCCCACUUGCCGCCAUCUGUUGGCGGAUAAAUGACUCUCAUUUACUCAAAACCUUCCUGAUUUUUGGUAUGCAGGAUAGUUUAAAAGAAUAUACAACAAUCCUACUUUCCAAAACUCGCCGCCUGAUAAAGUAUCUCAUCAUUUCGUUGUUCAUACCAAAGCCGAUAGAAAAUCACUGGAAAAGAAAGUUGGUUUCCUGUGGACAGAAUUUAAAUAAUUUUUCAAAAAUGUACAAAAGAAUGGAUAAAAAGAAAAAAUGCGGCAAGAAAAGAAAAUACGACGGAUUCGCCUUCAAUUUAUCUCAGGAAACCACACAACGCGUCAAGGUACCCUUCGAGUCGCUCUCAACGGCGCCGCGACGCUCGAAACGCAUUAAGCAGAACCGCAAAUCCGACGUUAAAGUUUACAAUUCGACAACCGACUAUUACGCCCACUCGCAAGGCAAAAGCAUUUUUCACGACAUCGAACGCAACUACGAGAAGGUCAUGUCGAAACGGACCCAGGACUUCGCCACCCGAUUCGGCGAGGUACUGCGCGAGCAGGUCCCGAGGUGCUCGAAGGCGAGGGAGAAGACGACCAAUACGAUCAAGGCGCUGGUCGCGCAGAUCGACUCGAUCCUGGACGGUGGCGGCGGCGGCGCUCCCCUGGAAUCGCGCAGCUUCGUACCGGAGAACCGGUGGGUCUACCGGACGCCCUCCCAUCGCAAGGAGAACAUUCCGCCGAUCAGUUUCAGCUUUGACUUGCCGCAAUCGCUUUCGCCCGGAGUCAACUUUUUUGCUGCGCGUACGCCGUCCUUCGACUUCGAUCAAGGUUGUUUCUCGUAGUUGUCCUAAAAACAAUCGUGAUUUGAAGACAGUUGUUAAAUCUCUUUCCUCCCGGUACUUAACUCUCAUCCAAAAAGUUGCCCUUUUGUGUGAUAAUGUUGUAGGGAGCGUCAGCCAUAUUUGUUUUCCUAGGCAACGUUUUUGGGGAAGAGCAUAGCACCUGGGGGGGUCUACUACAAACAUAUGAAAACCGACUAGCAACGAUAAAUGA